CGUACUAUUGCUGUUAUUGUUUCAAUAUUGUGGUAUGAUGAUACAAGUUUUAUUUUUUUUUGGCAAUUAUAGUUACCCCUGGUCCUCCUCGGUUCGAAAAAAAAACCCGUUUGAGUGCCUGUAACUAAAGACAAGGGUCCCCAACUCAUCACCAUCCAUAUAAAAGACGCACUUGAGCUGAUCGAAUUAAACAGUUGCACUGCAAGCAGCCAAACCACAGCAUCAUCUCAUCAUCCACUGAACUUCAAACCACCAGCAAGAUGUACAAAUAUCUGUUCUGCCUGGCUCUCAUCGGCUGCGCCUGCGCCGACAACAUCAACAAAGAUGCCCAGAUCCGCAGCUUCCAGAACGAUGCUUCCGAUGCCGAGGGAAACUACCAGUUCGCCUAUGAGACCAGCAACGGUAUCCAGUUCCAGGAGGCGGGCAAUGCCAAUGGUGUCCGGGGCGCUCUCAGCUAUGUUUCGCCCGAGGGCGAGCCGAUCUCGCUGACCUACACAGCCGACGAGGAGGGAUACCAUCCGGUGGGCGAUCAUCUGCCCACGCCGCCCCCAGUUCCCGCCUAUGUGCUCCGCGCCCUGGAAUAUAUUCGCACUCAUCCUCCGUCCCAGAAGGAUCAACAGUAGGUUGAAGGAUCCAGCCACUGAAACAGAUUCCGAAACUGCAACCAGUCAUUGUUAUUUAGAGACAUACAAUUGUACGUUAAACUAGUAGAUACUAUAAUAAAACACGUCAAUACAGGAAAAA